AGGAUAUGACAAAUGGGUAAUCACCUUCAUCACCUUCAAAGAGUGGUAACAACCUUCUCAUCAGUCUCGGGCCCUCAAAUGAAGUGUAUUCAAACUCACAGCCCUCGGACAGAGAACGCAUUCCUGUUAGGGUAACAGGAAGAGAUAUCAAGGAAAUGUACAAUGAUGGACAAUAUCGGUACCCAGAGGUUCGUUUCCCCGGUGAAUUCAGACCCCAGGAUCCGUGGCACAAGAAAUGGGUGGACUUCCCAGAUGACACUCUCCCAGCAACUAUUCCCAUUUAUCGGUUGGUACACAUCACCCACCCCACACAGGCACGACAUAUAGAGCAGGUACCGAACCGUCGAUACAAGUUUAUUCCGAAAAUGAAGUGCGGAAAGUCCUAUAACGAAGAGAGAAUUGGUGAAACAUAUGUACACAUAGGUGGUGAAAAGUUUGAGGAAAUCACGAGCAAAGACUCAGUGUUUCCAGGCUAUCUCUCUUGGUGGGGGAUCGAUGUGCGAGGCUGGUAUGAGGACGGUUGUCAGCUACUGCAGAGUAUCUCAAGGGAGAGAAUUAACGGUCGAUAUGUUCCCGGCUAUCUUGCUGCUGAGCCAGAGUCCCCCUAUGGCAGUGUAGCAUUCAGUAUUGAGCUACCGGACAUACUGAGGGAUUACAAGAAAGCAAGGAAUAUACAAGGAGCUAGAGUGUGCUUGAAAGUGGGUGGAACCCUACGAUAUCGAAAGGAAAUUUGUUAUGUGGUCAUUGUCUGCUUAAAGGAUGAUAAUGAACUCGGAGACAUGCCAAGUAUUGCAGGGCCUAAAUUCCCUCAAUUUGUGUCCAGUGAUCUAGUUGAUAGCAAUGGGUUUGUGAUUGACCACAACAAAGCACCUGAAUUCAACGCUACCUCGAUUAUCAAGUCUGAAAUAUUAGGCGAGGACCCCACUGGAAAAAACAUGUACGUUUAUGACCACUACAGUUGGGAGCAACUUGUUUUUGCAUUCUACUUUCCAACCAGAGGAGAAAAUCUUGUGUGUACACAAGUCACCAAGACAGAUUAUCAACACUUUGCAAGAAACUGUCAGAAAUGCGGUUAGAUAUUAUACUCUACAUAGAUUGGUUAAAAAAUUGUUAUGUCCCUAUAGUGCCAUGCAUACCACGUAUACUGUAUUUCUCAAAACAUGUACAACUAUUUUGU